AUAAGUAUAUGAACGAAGAGGGUUGGGUGUUUUAUUCACAAAACCUACUUCCCAUCUCUCCGCCAUGGCGGCUUCUCGCAAGCUUAUUACAUGUAAUCUUCUUCGCCGUUGUCUUUCAUCAAAACCCUCUCCUCUCCCUCCUUCCCAAACUGCUAAACUUGGUCAUCUACGACCAAAUCGCAUAUCAUCAGAUUACGCCCUAGUUUUUCUGAACCGACGAUCAAACCUUCAAUCACUCAAUCAUCCUUUUCAAAACCCUAAUCAAAUCAGAUUCCUAUCCAGUGGAGAAAAGAAAUCGAAUGAAACUCCAAUUGAAAAGAAAUCGAAUGAAACUGAGUACCAGGAAAUCACGGGGCCGACUGUGGAUCGAGAUCUAUCUGCACUGGCUAAGGAGACGCGGCAAGUUCUGGAGACGAUGAUGAGGAGUGUUUACAGCUUGAGCAAAGUUUUAGCCGGUUUAGGAUUGGUGCAUCUGGGUUUGGGAGCCUGGAUGUCGUACAGUAAAGCGCCUUUGGAGGUGUCGAUUCAGAGCUUGCUGGCGUUUGGGCUGCCAUUUUCGGUAGCAUUGAUGCUGAGGCGGUCGUUGAAGCCAAUGUACUUCUUCAAGAAGAUGGAGGAGCAAGGCAGGCUACAGAUUCUCACCCUCACUCUUCAGGUUGCCAAGGGUUUGAAUACCUUUUUCGUGCGUGUUCGUGGCGUUACUUAUCUCUGCAUUGCUGGUGCAUCGCUUACCUUCAUAUACGCUCUGCUAUCUAGAUGAAUUUUGCUUUUUCUUUUGUUCUUAUCUAUCUAUGACCGUAUUUGAUUUGUUUCACUUUCACUCCCACUUGAUUCUGGCUUUAAUCUGGUCUA